GGAAAACACAGAGAUGCAGGGCGCCCGGCCCGCGGCGCAGCAGGACAGCACUGAGCGGGCACUGCUGGACGGGCCACCGGCUGCCGAGGGCCUGCGGCAGGAUGCUCAUCUCGGCAGCCUCCAUGGCCCCUGAGACGGCUGGGCCGUGCCCCCAGGGGCCCCCAGGACCCCCGACCACCCCUGCUGCCCAAGCCGGGGAAGGACAACCUGCGGCUGCAGAAGCUCCUGAGGAAGGCAGCCCGGAAGAAGAUGGGCGGGGACGGGCCCCCUCCCAACCUGGGGCUUUCCGCACCUCCCUGUCUCCCGUCAGCGAGGCCAGCCACGACCAGGAGGCCCCAGGCCCCCGCCCCGCCGAGGUCCCGCGAGUGAUGGCCCCCCUGCCCCGCUCGCCCCACACCCCCGUCAUCCACCACGUGGCAUCGCCUCCACAGAGGUCCACGUUCUCCUUUAGCCUCACCCAGUGCAGGAGCCUGGCUUCUCACUUCAAGGCCACGGGGCCCCAGCUCGCUGCCCCAGUCCCAGAGCCUGCCGAGUCCCCCAGCAGCUACGCCCAGGUCUCGGCCCCCACAGCGAGGGGCAUGCAUAUCAGCCAGGUGCACAUCCGGCUAUCUCCGUCCCCGCAGGCCGGGACCCCAGAAACCCCCCGGGCAGCCCUGGAUGAGGGGCCUGGUGUCCAGGACCGACACCCAGCCCCGUGCCCUCCAGGAGCUCAGCCCUUGAUCCCAGUGGCCCACAUCCGCCCGCUGCCCACCGGGGCCCAGGCUGCCAGUCCCCGGCCUGAGGUGCCCCCUGUACCCAGGCCACCCCCUGGCUUCCAGGCCUCACUGCCCAGAGGGGCCAGCCUCCGGGCGGUGGUCCCUAUUGCCCCCACCUACCACUCGCCGGGACCCUCACCUUACAGGCCCGCCUCUGUGGCCCCUGAGGCCCUGCGCCUGGAGGAGGCCCCCACUGCUGGCCCUGCUGCUGAAGCCGAGCGGGUCUCCAGCCCCCGUGGGGCCUCGCCUACUGCCCCACUAUCAGGCCCCCACCUAUGCCCUGUCCCCAAAGUCGCACCCAAACCCCAGCUCAGCGGCUGGACCCGCCUCAAGAAGCAGCUGCUGGAAGAGGAGGAGGAGCCCGCCUCCCCGGGGCCUGAGCAGCACCCAGGGCACACAGGGCGGGGGGUGACAGCCCCUGCUGGCCCGGCCGCCCGGCCCCCCGCUUCCCGGGCCUCCAGGAUGUGGGACGCAGUGCUGUACCGCAUGUCGGUGGCUGAGUCCCGUGGUGGCCAGGCUGGGCCCGGGGUUGGGGCACGCACCGUGACUGGCCUCAGCCGCCUGCCCUUCCUUUAUCGGCCUCGCUUUAACGCCCGGAAGCUGCAGGAGGCAGCCGCCCGGCCCCCUUCUGUGAUCCAUCCCAUCCUGGACCUGAGCCCCCAGCCCAGAAACUUCAACCGGACGGCAGCCGGCUGGAGGCUCCAGUGAACGGCCAGGAAGACCCCAGCCCAGGACCGUGGGGCGGACAGAAGGGGAGCUGAGGGUCCAGCUGGGCCACCGAAGAGUGCAUGAGGGCCAGACGGAUGCUGAGGGGAGCACGGGGGUGGCUGGGCAGUCAGGAGGGCCAGGUCAGGUGGACGGGAGCACGAAGGACUGUGGUGGGAGAUGGGAGGUUGGACGUGGCUGGGAGCAGAUGGGGUUAAGUAGGUGGUGGGUGAGGAGGGGCAGAGAGGAGUCUGCGUCGGGGUAGAGUAUGGGGCCUUACAGGGCGAAACUUUUGGGGGACAGAAAGUAAAUGGGUCUGCUCUGAGGGAGGGACUGUGUGACUGCCCUCGCUGGGCAGGGCCAGCCUGAGUCUGCACAGGGCUUGGGGCAGGGGUUGCACGAGGCGGUCCCCUGGCCACUUGGCUCUGGCCUGUGCAAUGCACAGGAGGGCCUGCCCAGGGCCAGGGAAGUGGCAGACGGGGAGCAGGGCUGGCUGAGCCCCGGAUGCGCUGGGUGAGGGGCCCUGAUGCCUGACAGUAGGGAGAGGACGCUGGGGCCCGGCGCUGCAGCCCCUCCCUUCUGUUGUGAAAGACUCGGGGUAUGACUGUGCUGCUGCGCAGAGCAGUGUGGUCGGGGGGACUCAGUAGUGGGGCACCAUCAGCUGGGUCAGCGGUGUGACUGCCAUGUGUCCCGAGGACAGAGCCUUGACAGGAGAGCCAGGCCCAGGCCUGGGUGGGAGCUGGCCCCACAACCCUGCCCCUUUCGCUGCCCACUUCUGCUCCCCCUACCUGGGGGCAGAGCUUGAGGGGGACUCAUUGCUGGGAGAGGGAGAGACAGGGUCUCAGCUUCAGCCAGGACCAGGCUUCGACAUUGGGUGAGGAGGGGCUGGGGCCCAGAGGGGGCGGUGAAGGGGGCCCCAAGUCUCAGGCAGUCUGUGCUCAGCUGGGGUCUGACUCAGGACAAGGGUUGAGGCUCCGACCAUGGGGCGGACCACAGUGGGAGAGGGAACAGUUACCAGAGGAAACUCCGGCCCCGUCCCCAGAAGCAGGACUUGGGAACAGAGGAAGCAGUCGGUGGGGAGCCAGCUGCCCCACCCCAGGACACAAUGGGUGCUGUACGAGGACCCUGGGACCCAGGCCACUAAUAAAAGUGUGUGUA